AUGUUUGCCCCAGAGUCAGGAACUCACGCUGUGAGCUCACUACGGAACCCGCGGAGACGCCAGAGAACCAGCCUCGAAGAUCCUGUGAAGCCUCCGGAUGCUAAGCGCCAGCGAUCUGCUUUACGCCGAGAACCACGCAAGCCUUCGAUGAACAUAGAUGUCGACUUCGACGAACACGCUGAAUUCAAACCUGAUUCUGAUCUCAGAAAACGCAUAGAGAAUGAAAAUGAGCUUGGGCUAGAAUGGAAUCUCGCGAUCAGAAGCUCGGAGAAGACUGGCAAACCAACAGCCCAGAAUGAUCGCACCGUUGUCUUGUCGUCAAACGACUAUUAUACCGUCACACAGAUUUCAACUGGGGCAGAUCAACCCGUGGAGGCAAUUUCUGGUCCGGCAAGAUGCGUAUUCAAUUUCGAGAGCGGUUUUUCACUUCUGUUAAGCGAAUCUCGAGCCCUAAUAUGGCAAUACCAUCCAAGUGCCCCUUCACAAGGUUCUGAACUUUCAAUAUCGAUCCCCGAAUGGUGUAAAAGCGACGGAGAAGCCCCAAUGGGGACACUCAUAUCGAACAUUACCAGUACGGUUCCUGGCCUGUUCAUCGUGGCGCCGUCUACUGGAAAAUUGUUGUAUUGGGAGACUGCGUCGAACGCCACUGUUAUAGGCAUUGCAAAGCAAAAGCAGAGCGGCCUUCAAGGAUCGAUUUCCGGUCUUUUUUACGGAGAAAGGGUUACAGACGUCAUCAAUGUGGAGCCAUCUGGGGUUAUUCUGACAUUUUCCACUGGAAGGGUGGCACAAAUCACAUUCCGAGAUCCCCAAGGAAAGUCUGCUUUGUCCGUGAAUUUCCUGCAGAGCACCGCGAAACUUGCGGCAGGUGGACUAUUCUAUGGUAUCAGAAACGUCUUGGGAAAUUCAGCUUGGCGCAAAGAUAUUGCUGCCGUUAGAGCUGGGAGCUCAAUUUUUCGAGGGCAACGUGAUAUUAUUGUUGCAUCAACAACCGGUUUGCUUGAAAUUUGGGACUCCCACUGGAAUAGCGUGAAUAGUCUUCGUGCCGAGAUUGAUAUACAGAAAGACAUAUGUUCUUUCUUAGGCAUGGGGGGUGACAGCAAGUCUGACAGCCUUAAAGUUUUGGAUUUCGUCGCUGCUCACAGGGACACAAAGCUGUCUUCCAAUUCCGAAGAGCAGCAUGAAACCACAACACUCUUUAUUCUUGUUGUAAUAUAUCGCAAGGCAUCUACAAAGACUUACGCCGUGAUAAAAGCACAACUAUGGAACGACAACAUGAACCUUGUGUCAUCGCACAUACUAGAGAACGUGGUCACAACUGACGAGCUCGACAAACAGAAGCCGAAGUUGCAUGUGACACAAUCUUGGGACACAGCUUUUAUACUUAUGGGCCAAAAACUGUGGAUUCUCUCAUUAUGUAAAAUAGAACCAUCUCCGUCCGCGCAACUUCUAGAUGGUGUCAUCUCAAAGCCAUUUCAGGACCGGGUUCAGUUCCAGACAGGAGACAAAUAUGAGAUACUUGGAAGCGGCGUGGAGGAAAAAUCCUUGGAAUCUCAGGGUUCGGGCUGCCUUCUGAUGAUUCGGGGAUUUGGUCUCAUUCGCAUUUCGGCAACACCUUCCAGGCUGGGUUCCACUGAGUAUGUUUGUGUUACUGCGAAACAGAAAAUUGAACAAGCUGUAUUCUAUGGCACAAUGUCCAAUACGCCACUUAGUUUCAGCAGUGAGGGUGAGCCGACAUUCACCGUGAUAGAAUUUGAAGAGGCGGCAUUGGAAAUUUGCAGUGAAAUUCUCCGGUCCACUUCGCGAUUCAUCUCUCGUGGAGGUAUAUCACUGGACCAGAACUUUCGUCUACGCUCGAAAGCUUUGGCUGAUCUCACUGCCGAGUUGGCUCGCCGUAGAAUACCUCUGUCAAAAAGAGUCCAGUGGGAAUUAAUGUGGGCUGGAGAAAAGCUGGCUGCACAGAGGUCUAUAUGGAAACUCGAGGAGGGCUUUCAAAAGAGGUGGGAUUCUGAGACUUUCCUUUCUCGAGUCAUAGGUCUCAUGAACGACAAAUUCAAAACGAAAUAUGUACCUUCCGAUAAUAUUAACCAGAACGAUCCCGUACGCCAUUGGUUUAUACGCGAUACUUUCCAGAUGCAGCACAUUAUUCCUUGGAUAUUCAACACUAUCCGUGGAUUAAAAGGGCCUUCUGGGCGCUCCGGUAUAGCAUUUAUGACCCAGGUUUAUCAAGCGAGUGAAUUGUCCCUUACAAUCCUUGAGGAAGCAUAUCGCUUCAGAGAGGACCAUGCGCUGCAGUAUGGCCUCGGUGGUGAAAACUUUGACAAUGGUGUGUUUCUAGGCCCAUAUAUUGAAAUUCCUGAAUUCUGGACAUCGGAAAACAUGGUGUACAACGAAACCAUACAUAUGCUUGACUUGGAGCUUGAUAGUACCAGAUCGUGGAUGCAGCAACCUGUGUCCCAAGUGGCGCAUGCUGACGACGAUAUUCUUGGUCAUAUUGGAAAGAACAGCUGCCGCAGGCUUCGUGCUCUAAAUAAGAUGCUUUUGGAGAGAGUUCGAUGGCUGUCUGCUCAAGAUGACCCAAAACUGGGAGACGAAGCUAUUUCCUUGAACGAAUCCAGCCACCAGCAACGAAGGUGGCAGCUUUACAAGAUGGCAGGGAUCGGUGAGCUUCAGGGAGCGAUCAGCUUAGCAGAAGAAUUCCGUGAUGUGGAAGCGUUGGUCGAACUCAUGAUAGAACUUCAGGAUCAGAUCAGAGGCAACAGUAGCUCUCUGGGGGCCCCAAUCUCCCCCACGGUGUACAAUACGACCACCCUGCAACAGAAAAUUCAAGGAUAUUUUGACUGCUUUGGCGAGCUGUGGGCUGAUGCCUUCUUCUCGCGACAAAUUGCUGCCGGUCAGCCUGGAGUUCUCCUAUCAAUGAAAGAGUACCAGAGUCACAUCACCCGAUUUCUAAGAAAAGAUUCCUCGUAUUUGUCCUUGUCUUGGAUAAAUGAUGUGAUUGGCGAGGAGGAUUAUGACGCGGCAUCGAAUGCUCUCGAAAGCCUAGCACUGGAUCACAAUGCAAAGUUAUGGGACCAGCGAGUUCAGCUCUCCUUAGCAAAGUUGACAAAGUUGGCGUCUAUGGAAAAUGCAACCGAUUCCGACAACAAUUUAUCGACACUUACCAUUUUGCAAAGACUCGACGAUAUCUUGGAAAUCGGCGGCAUCCAGGAUCUUACAUACGAACAUAUACUUCCUGCUUUACAUAGCGCGAUUGAUCAAAAGGCCGAAAUAGAGUUAGCAAUGGAGCAGUUUGGGAACGAAACCAUUGACCGGCCUGCACUUAGGGAUCUUCUUGAGGAAUUGUUGGCGCUUCUGAUACGCCGACACGCACUCGAUGCCGACCAGCUUAUCAAUCUUCUCACACUAAUUGAUGAAGUUCAAUUUCUCGAGGGGGAAGAAGGCGCCGUUUAUCAACACGAAUUCUAUCUUGCACUCCGGGUUCUCCAACUCAGCGGAUAUGCAUCAAGCGACCCUGUGAGGCAUGAUUUUCUGCUAAAAUUAAUUUGGAGGAGGUGUAUCAUUCGAAAUGAUUGGCGUGCGAUUGCCAGUGCCGACAUUCGCUCCGACUCUGAUCGCAAGUCACUAUAUCGUAAUACAGCGCUGGCAGCGACAUUGUCCGAUUGUGUUUUGGAAGAGGCAUAUUAUAAACGGCCUAAAGGAGAUAUCUACCCUAUUCCAAAGCCAUCAGAUCUCAUAAAUAUCGGUUCCUAUGAGCUUAUCCGAAGUCGCUUCCGAGCUGAGCAGUGGCCUCACAUUGAGCGUGAUAUUCAUACGGAAAUCGAUUUGCUGCGGCAUCUUGUAGAAGAUACGAAACUAGAUGAUUGGUUUCCGGAGCUUGUGUUGCUCGCUGAGGAAGAUUUGACAGUCCUUGACAAGGAACCUGAGAGGAUAGUGCCUCAGUCGGUGAAGGCCAAGUUUAGCUGGAUUUAG